GAUUCAGUAUGUCUGUCGGCAUAGCAAUUUUUUAGUAAACCAUGUUUCACGCUUCACUUAUGCGAAAUGGCCGCGUGGCUUUUCGGUCAACGUCUCUUUCUUGUUCAAGAACAGCAGCCGCCGCUCCACAAGCAAAGACUAAGGACACCGCAGCAAAGAAAACAGUAAAGCCUCCCAGAGAAACAAGCUCGUUUGCUCUUGGGAUGUUUCAAGGAGUUACCAACAUGUCUGAAGUGUUUCCCUUUCCAGAUGUUCUCACUGCCGAAGAAAAAGCGGAAACUCGAGAGUUGAUGGAGCCAGCAGCAAAAUUUUUAUCAGAAGUAAAUGAUGCUGGUAAAAAUGACGCCCUUGAAACUGUUCCUGAAGAUGUUCUUAAUCAAGCGAAAGAGAUGGGAAUAAUGGGCGCAUUAGUGCCACCAGAAUAUGGCGGACUGGGUUUGAAGAAUACUCAGUACGCCAAACUUACCGAAGUUGUAGGGGCGAAUGAUUUGGGCUUUGGCAUUGUAACUGGUGCUCAUCAAAGCAUUGGCUACAAGGGAAUAUACCUAUUCGGCAAUGAGCAACAGAAGAAAAAGUACCUGCCAGAUUUAUGUUCAGGAAAGAAAAUGGCCUGUUUUUGUUUGACUGAACCAAGCAGUGGGUCUGACGCUGCCUCAAUCAAAACACGUGCUGAGCUAUCAGCCGAUGGAAAGCACUAUGUACUCAAUGGCGGCAAAAUCUGGAUUUCAAAUGGUGGUUUCGCCGAAAUUUUUACUGUUUUCGCAAAAACGCCAGUCAAAGAUGCCACAACAGGUGAAGUGAAAGACAAGGUCAGUGCGUUUAUUGUUGAACGGGCAUUUGGAGGUGUAACAAACGGGCCACCAGAAAAGAAGAUGGGAAUCAAAGCCAGCAAUACUGCCGAAGUCAAUUUCGACAACGUAAAAGUUCCAGUUGAAAAUAUUUUGGGCAAGGAAGGCGAAGGUUUCAAAAUCGCCAUGAAUAUUUUGAACAAUGGCCGAUUUGGACUGGCGUCUUCGAUGGCGGGAACGAUCAAGCACGUGAUUGAGAAGGCUUCUGACUGGGCAGCGAAUAGAACCCAGUUUGGGAAGAAAAUCGGGGAGUUUGGAGUGAUCCAAGAGAAGAUAGCUAAGAUGUCGGUAGACCAUUACGUGGCAGAGUCAAUGGCGUACAUAAUCGCGAAUAACAUGGACAAAGGGAUCGUUGAGUUCCAAAUUGAAGCUGCGAUUGCUAAAGUGUUCUGCAGUGAGGCUGCUUGGAAGGCAACAGAUGAGACUAUCCAAGUCAUGGGAGGAAUGGGCUACAUGAAAGAAGCAGGAGUCGAGCGAGUGUUGAGAGAUCUUCGCAUCUUCCGAAUCUUCGAAGGCACAAAUGACAUCCUGCGACUGUUCAUCGCACUCACUGGAAUCCAACAUGCAGCUUCUCAUCUCCAGGAACUGCAGAAUGCAGUCAAGGAUCCAAUGAGUAAUGUCGGAACUCUCGUGGGCUUCGGUUCCAAAACUCUGAUGCAGAAAGUGGGAUUCGGACAUUUGAAUUCAACAAUCGAAGCCGUUCAUCCCGAUUUGAAACUCUCGGGCAAACUGCUGGGAGAAAGUAUGGCAGAUUUUUCAGGGUGUGUCAAUACGCUGGUGAUGAAAUACAAGAAAGACAUUGUUCACGAGCAGAUGUUACUUUCUCGACUGGCAGACUCCGCCAUUGAUAUUUACGGGAUGGCGGUGGUGCUAUCGCGAUGCACUGACAGCAUCAAUAAAGGUGUGGCAUCGAAGGAUUUGGAAGAAAUGUACACCAAACUUUUUUGCAACGAAGCAGCACAUCGAGUGGCAUUGAAUGUCAAAGAUAUCAAGUCGAGUGUUCGAGUCGUGAACAAUCAUUUGGUGGAAGAAAUCGCGAAAGAAGUCAUAUCUAACAAAGGUGUUGUUCAUGCAGGACCGCUGGGUUUUUAAGUUCAAAGAACUUUUGAAAGAGACUUUUUAAGAAUUUCGACUGAGGAAGCAAUUGUUCCUAGAAAAGUUCUGAAAUCCAGGAACAUUACUCAGGUGUGCUACUAAUUAUGUAUUAAUGUAGA